GAAGUGGAGACUGGAGAGUUGUGAACAAUGGCGCAAAUACUGAGUCUUCCUCCACUACUCCCAGCUUGUAGAAAUCGAAAUCCAGCUCUGCUCAAAACCGCCACUUCCACCAGUUCAAACCACAGCUGGAGCUCUCUCUCGCAUUCUCUCAAUUGCAACGCCAGGUUUUCUUGCCUCUUCUCCGAUAAUCGCAAACAGGACCAGGCUCGAAAAGCCUUAGAAAGUGCCCUUGGUGGCAAGAAAGCGGAGUUGGAGCAAUGGGAUAAAGAAAUUAAAAGGAGAGAGGAAGCAGGUGGAGGAGGAAAUUCUGGGGGAGGUGGUUGGUUUGGAUGGCGUAGGUGGUUUGGUGGAUCCGAUGAUGGUCAUUUCUGGCAGGAAGCACAGCAAGCAAGCCUUACAAUUUUGGGCAUUCUUGUCAUUUAUCUGCUCGUGGCCAAAGGAGAUGUGUUGCUUGCUGUCAUUUUCAAUCCUCUGUUGUUUGCUUUGCGAGGGACACGGUCUGUAUUUGCCUUCUUGACAUCAAAGAUUACAAAUCAAAGUGGGCAAAACUUUGGCACUCCACAAGAGGAAGUGGUUGUACAUGUUUCUGCAAAAGAGCGAGUAGUGGGAAAAUGGGGAAGCAAUUGAUUUUAUUCCAGGAGCAGCCGGUGAAGAUCUUUCUUCAGAACACAAGCCUGCACGGCCGCACCAAUCGUGCUAUAGAAUGUGACUAUGAAGAAGACGAACAAACACGGGGCGAAGCAGUCUGGAUUGUGCAAGGUCAUAGUUUUGAUUUCUAAUCUAUGUGACGAUACUUAAGUUCAUAUUCAAGUUUUACUUUUGUGAUAGGUCUGUAGUUUUGUUGCGACAUAAGACCCUCCAUGUGAGAAUAUGCUGGCCACAAAAUGGAGAAAUCGUGCCCCAUUACUCCUAACAUAAAAUCAUGGGUUGGAAUUA